AUGGCUCAUCCUCAUUUUCCCAAGGCAAUGGAUGUGGAGAUUGUUGCCCUUGAAUUGCUUGGUACUUGGAGUGUUGUAUCUUUACCCCCUGGUAAGACAAUGAUAGGGUGUAAAUGGGUCUAUACUAUCAAAUAUAACCCAAAUGGAUCUAUUGACCGUUAUAAAGCUCGCCUCGUAGCUAAAGGGUAUACUCAGAUGGAGGUGAUCAAUUAUAUUGAUACCUUCUCUCCCGUAGCUAAACUAGCAAGUGUGAAACUUGUUUUUGGUUUGGCUGCUAUACAUGGCUGGACACUUACACAGAUGGAUGUGACUAACGCUUUUCUUCAUGGAAGCUUGGAUGAAGAGACCUACAUGAGUUUACCUCAAGGCUAUACUCCCAAAGGUGGUGCUCCUCUUCCUCCUAAUGCGGUUUGUCGGCUCCAUAAAUCCCUUUAUGGUUUAAAGCAGGCUUCUCGCCAGUGGUACCAUUGCUUCUCCAGUGUUAUUCUCAAAUCAGGCUUCACUCAGUGUCCUUGUGAUAAUACUCUGUUUGUUAGACAACGAGGGACACGGUUUAUUGCUCUCUUGGUGUACGUUGAUGACAUCAUGAUUGCAUCUAACAAUGAUGUAGAUUUACAAGAUCUUAAGGCUGUUCUACAUGUUGCUUUCAAAAUCAAGGAUAUGGGAGCACCUAAGUUCUUCUUGGGGCUAGAAAUUGCCCGUAAUAGCUCUGGAAUCUCUGUUUGUCAACGCAAAUAUGCUCUUGAUAUAUUGGCUUCGACUGGCUUGUUGGCUUGCAAGCCUUGUAGUGUGCCGAUGAAUCAUAACGUGCAUCUGACAAAGGACAUGGGAACUCCUCUUGAACCGGCUCGGACAACAUCUUAUAGAGAACUCAUUGGCCGGUUGCUUUAUCUUACCAUCACUCGGCCCGAUAUUACCUUUGCAGUCCACAACCUGAGCCAAUUUCUCUCUUGUCCUACGGAUACACAUCUUCAGGCUGCAUAUCAGAUUUGCCACUAUAUCAAAGGUAAUCCUGGCCAAGGCCUCUUCUAUGCUGCUAACUCAGAACCUUUCCUUAAUGCUUUUUCUGAUGCGGAUUGGGGUACUUGUCCUGAGACUAGACGGUCGAUAUCUGGUUUUUGUGUUUAUCUGGGCAAGAGCUUGAUUAGUUGGAAAUCUAAGAAGUAA